AUGUAUUACCAAGACUACCUCAAACGCAACCAAGCAUGCACGCAAGCAAGCAAUAAAGCAGGUAAGCAGGGUACAAUAGGUAGUGGUGCGCGGGAUACGGUCCAGGAUGGGAUGGAUCGAUACGCGUGCAUGUCAGAGAAAGGAAAGGAAAAGAAAGAAGAAAAAGCCAACAGCCAAAAACUCAAAGGUCGAUUGAUUGAAGACCCCUGUCAGCUGCAAGAGGCAGAGAUGGAGAAUGAGAGAAGCGCUUUGGCCCAAUUGCGCCAGAGAACGACGAUUAAUGGAAUGCGUGAGCUUGUUUCAGAGUCUCUGCCUAGCAUCCAUUCAACUGCAUGGGUCUAUGAUGAUGGAGGCACGGGUGGGCACUGGGAACAGCAACAAAUUCAACUCAACAGGCAUAGCGCUCGCGAGACGGCCCAUGACCCUGUCCAUCCAACCCUUGUCAUGACCUCUCUGUGA